AUGAUAUUUAAAUUGAAUGAUUAUAACGCAUUCUUAACUUCCUUGUUUGAUAAAAAUAAUGAACAAUUACAAAGACAUCAAUUACAAAAUUAUAAUCAAUCACAGAAUUCUGAUACAAUAAUGACUUUCCCAAAUAGUAAUAAUAAUAAUAAUAAUAACAGCAAUAGUAAUAUGAAUUCAAAUAUUGUUGAUGAUGAGAAUAACAAUAAUAAUUCUAGUAGUUCAUAUCAUCAAAAUGGAGGAUUCCCAGUAGAUUUUGAUUUUGGAUUAGCUCCACCUCCAUUUGUUACUGAUUUACCACAUAACAACAACAGUAAUACUAAUGGCAAUUCUAAAUAUUUCAAUUUACCUUCUAAUGGAACAACAACUACAACUAAUGGAUUCCAAAAUAUUGAUUAUGAAUUGCCAAGUAAUACUGAGUUUAUUGCUGAAAUAGGUGCUUAUGUUAAAGAUACAAAACUGAAUAACAACAACAAUAAUAAUGGUAGGAAUAAAACAGAUAAUUUCUCAUCGAAAAACUUGAAUAACAAUAAUUCAAAUCAAAGAAAUACUACUACUACUACACCUACCAAACAAAACAAUAAUAGUAAUAAUAAUGAUGGUGUUGUUGUUAAUGAUAUUGAUCAGUUUUCACGAUUUAAUGCCUUUGAAACAAAUUUAGGAGAUCCAAUGAUAUUAGAACAAGAUGAACAAAUGAAUAGUUCUAAUAGUCCCAUGAUAUUUAAUUUAAAUGAUCAAAUGGGGAAUAAUUUUAAUAAUGAAGUUACCAGAAACUCACAAUACUCGAAUUAUCAGCAACAACAGCAACAGCAACAACAGCAACAACAGCAACAACAGCAACAACAGCAACAAGUUCCUCAAGGAUCUGUAUUUCAAGAUCAGGUGAGUCCUCAUUCAAGAAUGGGUAAUAUUCCUCAAUCAAUGUCUAAUCAUCAAAGAAUAAAAUCUAAUCAAGAAUUUAAUUCGAAUUUACAAUCACCAAUGUCCAUGGAAACAUCCCUAACAUCAAUAAAAUCUAAUAUCAAUAAAAAUAUUGGUUCUAAAGGAAGUAAGAAAAGUCGAAACUCAAAUUCAAUUAAACGAUCAUCUUCAUCUUCUGGUUCUUCUUCCGUUUUAGAUUAUCAAAAUUCAAAAUCGUUAACUGAACAAGCAUCACAAAUAACAUUUGGUACCACGACAACAACAGGAACAUCGUCUUCCUCCUCAGCAGUUUCACAAGGAAGACCAACCAAUACUCCAAUUACCACUACCACCACAACCACAACCACAUCAUCAAGUAAUUCCAAUUCUAUGUUACCAGGGUCAUCACCAAUAUCACCAUUAAAUGUACAUACUAGUCCAUUAACCACUACUCCUAGUACAUCUAAUGCCCCAACAAAGAGUAGAGGUCGGAAAAUCAAGAUUGAACCUUCCUCAUCUUCAUCAACUACAUCAACAAUUAUUAAUGAACCAACAAAUAUGAUAAAUCAUAAUCCUCAUCCUGGAAGACCAAGAAUUAAAUCAGCUCAUAAUGUAAUUGAACAACGAUAUCGAAAUAAAAUUAAUGAUAAAUUUAAUGCUUUACAAAAUUCGGUUCCUACAUUAAGAAUAUUAGCACAAAAAAAGCAACGAGAGAAAUUAUUAAUGCAACAACAUCAACAUCAACAACAACAACAUAGACGUAAUAGUAGUAUUGCUACUACUAGUGGCAAGAAUCCAGAAUAUGAUUCUUCUGAUGAUGAAAUGAUUAAUAUUAAUAAAGGUUUAAUUAUGAAUAAUGGGGGUACUACCAGUUAUAUAAAUACUGGGACAAUCGGUUUCAAUAAUAAUAACAAUUGUGGUAGUGGUGGUGGGGGAAAUUAUAAUGAUGAUCAAUUAGGAAUAUUACAAAAUUCAUCUAAUCGAUUAAAACAAUCGGAAGAUUAUGAUGAUGAAUUUGAUGGAUUAAUGGAAAUAGAAGAGCAAGAACACGAACCAAAUGAUGAUGAAGAGGAGGGACAAGAAGAAGAGGAAGAGGAAGAAGAAGAAGUUAUUGAUUUAGAAGGAUUAGAACCAGCAAGAAAAUUGAAUAAAGGAACAAUAUUAGCUAAAUCUAUUGAAUAUAUUAAAUUUUUAGAAAUGAAAAAUGAAAGAAUGAAACAAGAACAUGAUGAAUUAGUAUUAAAGGCAAGAAUGUUAGGUUUAGUAAUUGAUGAAGAUAUGUAA